AUGCAUCCGCUGAAAAACCCUUUGCAAAGUAACUUAGACUGCUUCUUGCUUGAGCCUGACAGCUCUCCCUGCAAGAACAACUUGUCCUGCUUCAGUAGCAGCUUAGAGCUAGCUCCAUUCCAGGAUUGGGAAAAGAUUAAGGAAAGAUAUGAGAAUGAACAAGAAGCGUAUACAGCCCUUAUCCUUGCCACUCAGAUUAAGGAAUCAUGCUCCGAAGAUGCAUCCAGCAAGAGUUUUGAUAAGGAUUUGGACAGCCUCAAGAAUUUAAAAAUCUCAGGCCAGAAUUUCAAACAUGACAACCAUGAAGAAGAAUCUCAACAAGAACCAUCUGUUAGCGAGGAUGACUCCUUUUGAAACUCAGAGGAGGCCCAGAAAAAGAUGUCCCUCAUGGAGGACCUUAAAAGAUAUAAAUAUGACACAGUACAUAGACAGAAGAGCUCAGAUAAUAAUGGGAGAGGUACUUCAAUGAAAACUGAGUAUAUUUGUGGAUAUGGCUCCUGCAGAAAAGUGUUCCUGAGAGUUUGGAAUCUUCUCGAUCACCUCAGAAUGCACGAAAAAGUGAAGCCCUUUCACUGCUCGUAUUGAGAUAGGAAGUUUACACAGAAGGGAAAUCUGAAGAAGCAUGAAAAACAGCAUCUGACUCCAAAUAUUCAGGAUCGUAAAAAGUUCAAAUGAGAUAUAUGCUCUAGCAGUUACACAGAGAGAUAUAAUUAUAAAGCGCAUAUGAGGAACAAACACAGCAUUGAGUUGAGCAAGAACAAAACAAGAAGAAGGAAGGAUUAGAAGCAGAGUAGUUGGUGACACGAAAAAUUUAGCCUUCUAAAUUCUUCAUCAACCAUAAAGCUAAAUCAUUACUAAGAGUCCAUUUGGGAAAUAUCAAGUUUGAAACUUCGUUUAAAAAUUAGGGAAAUUUUCGAAGCAGAUGUAUCAAAAAUGGCAUGAGUCUUUCUCCUGGGAUUUAAUAUCUAUAAGUUCUGUGUUCUUUUCACCGAGGGACCAUUUAUGUAAAAAGUUAUGAAAAGUUAAACUAGCUUCUCAUAGAUUUUCAUCUAAUUUGAAGAAUUUGAUCGCAAAUAUUAUUAAUUUGAUUCAUUAAGAUUAUUCAAGAAUGAGAGUUUUUAAUAACGAAAUAAGCCCCCUUCAGAGUCUUCGGAACAAAGAAGUGUGAGCAAAGAUGCCAUCUGUAGAGGUCACAAAGAGUAGCAUUCAUUUCCAUCCCAGCUUCUCUACAAGUUGUUGUUAGCCUAGCAGCGAUUUAAUAAUUUCAAAGACGUAAAAAUUUUCAACCAAAUCUGAGAUUUUGUUAUUAUUUCAAAACUUAGAUGGUGAAAUCGCUCCCAAAAAAUAUGGGGAAAUUUACAAAUUUUAACUGUGUAAUAGCCCAAAAUUUACACAGAAUCUUAUGAAUUAAAAAAUAAGUAUUUAGCCUCUCAUUAUAUGGGAUAUCUAGAUAAAGAAAUCAGAAAAUAGCAAUUAUAACGAAAUCUUAUACUAUUUUCAAUAGCUUGAUAAUCUUUUCAAAAGGUAUUCUUAGAAGAAAUUAAUCAGAGGAUAAACAUCCGGGCUAGUCGGUCACCCCGAUUGAGUCUGAUCUUGAAUUCCAUAUUUUUGGGAAGGAUUCUAAGUAUAAACUUGCCAUUUAAAUGCGGUUUUGGAUAAAUAUCUACCUCGUCUUGUCUAAAAUAUAGCCAUUAUAUC